CCAAACCCAAAAAUUCUCGACCGUUACUUCCUGAGCCGUUCAAAAUUAAUGCGCGCGCCCUUCUUCUUCUUCUUCUUCUCCUUCCAAACUCUCUCCUCUUCCCACCUCUCUCUUCAUAUCACCCGCUCCGCUCUCUCCCACUCCUUCACUUCGUUCCACCUCUCUCACACCCCAUUAACGCUGCGCUCUCGCUUAAGACACCUCUCUCGCGCCGGAGACCACCUCGGCCUCCUUUCUCUCUUCGCUCGCGCGCGCCGCGAACGAGCUGUGGACCCCGACAGGCCCAUUUACCUCUCCCUCCUCAAAUCCUCCGCCGCGCUCCCGUCCCUUUCCUUGCUUUCCUCUCUCUUUGCUCAUAUCCUCAAAUCCGGAUUCCAAAGUAGUAUCUUGGUGUCGACCGCCGUAGUCGACGCCUUUGCAAAGUGCUCAGAUAUCGGUUCGGCAUGUAAGGUGUUCGAUGGAAUGCCCGAGAGAGAUGUCGCUGCUUGGAAUGCGAUGCUUUCCGGGUACUCGCGUAACGGGCAUGCGGAUGCCGCGUUGGAUCUGUUUCAUGAGAUGGGUCUUUACGGCGAGAAGCCCAAUUCACUUACGCUCUCCGUUUUGCUUCAGGUUAGCAGCGGCAGUGAUGAUAAGAGGAUUGGGAGGUCCAUUCAUGGUUACGUUGUUCGGCAUUGCGAGCUUGGUGAUGUUUUCUUGGGGAAUUCCCUUCUUGUUUAUUACAAUAAGGUUGGGGAUGUUCAUGUUUCGGAGAGGCUUUUUGAUAGGAUGGGGGAAAGGAAUGUUGUAUCUUGGAAUGCUAUGAUAGCUGGGUAUACCCAAAAUGGGCUUGUUUGUGGAGCUUUAGAAGCUUUUCACUUGUUGAGGGACGGAGGAUUGAAUCCGGAUAUUGUAACCCUUGAAACCACUUUACAAGCUUGUGCUCAGUUAGGAGAGGAUGCUAUUGAUGAUGGCAAGUUGAUCCAUACUUCAAUAAUUAAGUCAGGGUGUUUUGUGGACGUUUAUGCUAUGAAUUCUCUGCUUUUGGUGUACUGCAGAUGCGGGAAGAUGGAUUCUGCACAGUCAUUGUUCGAUGAAAUGGUGGCAAGGAAUAUUGUCUCUUGGAACAUUCUUGUCGAUGGGUAUGUUCGGAUGAAAUGCCCAGAGAAAGCUCUAGAACUUAUUAGGUGCUCACGUUUAACUGAAUCGGCACUAAGUUCUGAGUUGUUGGUUAGUUCUUUGCAAGCCGUAAGGCUUUUGUGUGGGCAUGUGGAACUUGUUGAGUCUAUUCAUUGCCUUGCUAUAGCAAUGGGACUUGAUUCUGAUAAAUUUGUGGGCACCUCGCUUCUCACUGCUUACGGUGAUUGCGGCGAAAUUGGAUAUGCCCGCAAAUUCUUUGACCAUGUUCUCUGUAAAAUGCGCAAAGAAACUUUUCUCUGGAAUAUCAUGCUUUCUAUAUGUUCGCAUAAUGGAUGUUUCUCGGAGGGUUUUGAACUCUUACGCUCUAUGCAGUGCAAAGGUUGCCCUUUGGAUGCCGUUACACUUGUGAAUGGUCUAUCUAUCUGCACGCAAUCACAAAAUUUUUUAUCUGGCAAAGCCAUUCAUGGCUAUGUGUUGAGAAAUAAGUUUGAAGUGGUUACUUUUGCUACGACUUCACUGUUGGAAUUUUACAUUAGUUUGGGGCUUUUAAAUGUUGCUUGCCAUUUGUUUUCAACAAUGCAGUAUCGAAAUAUAGUGACAUGGAACACAAUGAUACAUGGUUGUCUUCAGAAUGGCUUCCCCAGAUUGACAUUGAAGCUUUUCCAUUUUAUGCAACAAAAGGAUGGUUUUGUGCCAGAUUCAACAUCUAUUGCAGGAGUUAUCGAGGCCAUUGCUCUAAGAGAACAAAAGGAAGAAAGAAAAUUUAUCCAUCAGUAUGUGCUUGAAUCAGGUUUUGUCGAUGAUGAGUUCGUUGCUAAUUCUCUAAUAGCUAUGCAUUCAAGGUUUCAUGAAUUCGAUGAGGCAAGCUCAGUAUUCAGUAAAGCUAGCAAUCAGGGAACAAUUGCAUGGAAUAAUAUGAUAGCUGGGUACUCUUAUCAUGGCCUUAUAGAAAACGCUCUAUCACUUUUUCGUCUGAUGAAGCUUAAUAAUGUGGAUGCUGAUUCAGUUACUCUUCUCACCCUCCUCCAGGCCUGUAGAAAAGUCUCUUCUUUGAGCUAUUUAAUGAGGGUUCACGCAUUCAUAUCGAAACUUGGGUUUGAAUCUGAUGUUCUUAUUGGAUCUUCUGUGGUAAAUUUGUAUGCUAAAUGUGGUGAAUUGAGAACAGCUCGUCAGUUUUUUGAUGGUAUGAACUCCAAAACAGUGGUGUCAUGGAAUUCAAUGAUCCAAGGCUAUGGUCUACAUGGAAAUGUAGAGGUAGCCGGCGAACUCUUUGUUAAAAUGCAAAAAUCUGGCUUAACCCCUACUGCGAUCACUUUUCUCAUUCUUAUUUCAGCUUGUAGCCAUGCUGGUGAUAUAGAGAAGGGCCAGCAAUUCUUUAAUCUGAUGACUAGCACUUACUCAUUGGCACUAAGUAGAGAGCAUGUUUCAUCUAUUAUUGAUCUUCUUGGGCGCAACGGAUUAGUUGAGGAGGCACAUGAAACUUUGAUGAAAAUGCCAGUGAACCUGGGGGUUCAUUCUUGGGGUGCUUUACUCUCAGCAUGUCGAGUUCAUGGUAACUUUGACGUUGGAUUUGAUGUAGCGGAAAACCUAUCUAAACUGAACAGCUUAAACUGUGGGUACCGUGUUUUACUGUCGAAUAUGCGUGCGGAGGCGGGGAGAUGGUUAGAUGCAUCUUUGAUUAGAAAUAAAUAUAUCAGUUUGACACUCCAAAAGGUGCAUGGUGUGAGCAUUGUGGAUAGUUUCUCAUGACUUGAGAAACCCACGCAACAUUAGGCCUCAUCAUUCUUAAAAUCAACGAAAAUCGGCAUGAUGAUGGACAGGUCGUCUCAUUUCUGAAAGUACCAGUAGUCCAGGAGAUUUUGAAUGACUCUAAAACCAAUAAAUGGAAGGUAAGGGACUAUUGCUAUAAAGACAGACAUAAGCUAAGGCAUGUCAUUUUUAUGCGCUUGGACUUUAUAGUAGCUGUUCUUCAGUUGCAUGGCUUUCCUCAGCAUUAUAUAGAUCUAAUUGCUUAUUUCAUAUCCCUCAGUCGCUUGCUCUAUAUUGGUCUACAAUAACUCUGGUGGUUUCUUCUCUCCAAUAAAGGAGACAAGGCAACAGUGCCCGUUCUUGUACUUGGUGUUAGCAUACUGUGUGUGUUCUUACAUAAGCCUGCAAGAUACAAACAAAUAUUCAGAUCCAAGUUUUGUGGGGAUGCAACAACUAACAAACAUUUAUAAAACAGAUGAUCUAUCAAUAGUGGACAAGCUUCUAUUGACGAAAUUACUGCUGCUUUGAAAAGAAUUAUUGAUUGGUACAGUCCUAAAGCCAGCCAUCAAGUUAAUCUGCAAAAAUCAUUAGCAAAUUUUUCAAGACUCAGCUCCUGCAGCAAAGAAACUUGAAAUCUCAUCUUUUAUUUGGACGCAGGAGAUUGAUAAAGAGGCUCAGUACUCAGGAUGUGUCCCCUUGGGAGUUGACCAAUUGUGGAUCACUGAUAUACAAGAAACAAUCAGGAAGAACAAACCUGCCAUGCCAAAGGGACAAGACAUUCGUUCGGAGAUGUGCGGUUGAUGCAAUUCCGAAAAUGAAACCGAGAAACGAGAGAUUUUAUGAAAUCUCUGAACUGGAAUCUAACUUAUAUUCUGAACAAUUGCUUUCUCUGCUUCUGUUUAGUACUAUUAGCAGUUCUUUCGGUUCUGAUAAACACUCCUUGUGUUCUUAAUAUUCAUGUUUGUUCUUUAUAUCUUGUUAUUUGUGUUUUUUUUCCUUUUCAUUCAUUACCAAAGCAAUUAGUAUAAACAAAUUUUGUAGUUGUUCUUUUCUAACACAACAACUUCCAAAGUUAAUGUGUCGAAUUGUGUAAAUGAUUUGUAAAGCAUAGUGGGAGUUAUCUCGGAUGCUGUUACUAAGUUUGGGGUUCAAAAAAUAUGGGAGGCUUGAUAGUAGCCUAGUAGGUAUAUUUUUUGGUCAAUACUUUUUUUAAAAAAAAUAUUGAGUAUAUUGACAAAUAAUUUUAGUCACAAAUUCUUUUCGCAUAGCAAAAGAAAAUUAAG